UGGCAUUCUUUUAUGCACAUUUGAGUUUAAAUAAAAAGUAUGGCUGUUAUUUCAGUGAAGGCCCUACUGCUUUUACAACUUUCUAUUUUAGUAAUUAGCUCAUUUUCAGAGCUCACUAAUGGAGAUCAUGGCAUUGAAAGUUUGCCUGAUGCAACUCUUCAGCGUUUUAAGUUUAAGUGGCCUUCCUUUGGGAAAUCUCCAAAAAAUUCUCCUAAAAGUAGCCCUUCCCGUAGCCCUCCACCUAAGCGGCAACAGCCGUCGCCACCACCACCAGUGAAGUCACCACCACCACCUUCUCCACCACCUCCAUCACCUUCUCCACCACCUCCAUCACCGUCACCACCACCACCGUUGCCGUCACCACCACCGCCUUCUCCACGAGCUAUGGCACCAUCUCCAUCACCGGCUGCGGCACCGAUACCACCAGAUAUGCUGUUGCGACCCUCAGCUCGUCUCGCUGGAAAUAUGGUUAUUCCUGGCCUUCAUUAAUUACUAUGGAAAACAAUAAUAAGAAAGGAAGGAGUAACAACUUUAUUAAAUGAUUGAGAAAGAAAAUGUCCGUUGUUAAAAUAAAAAUCGGAUGUGCAUUUUCUAUUGUAAGUCCAAAAUUAAGACUUACGAAAAUAAAAAGAAAGUACUAGUCCUUUACUACAAAUAUGUGAGUGUUUCUAGAAUUUGAAUCUCUAAAUAUCAUUUUCCUACCUUUGCUUUCCUAA